AUGUCGACACCACGUCCGGAGGUGCGACCAGAUCAAGAAGUAGCGGGGAAACAUGAAGUUGAUCCUGCCUCUUCAAGUGUAGCAGAGCCAGAAGCUGCAGAGCAUGACGAUAUCACCUCAGACGGUGCUGCCCCAGCUGACGUAGAGGGUCAGCAAAGUGCAACGGAUGAGCUCCGCGAGGUACUCAGAUUGUUGAAGAGUCCACCGGGCGGAAAUCACACCCGAGGUCUCUGCGACGACGGCGUCGUCAGAUAUAUGGUCUGCUUGCCAACACCAGACGAUGAGGUAACUCGCAUAGGCGUAUACGAUGCCCAGCCGUUAUCUCCUAGGAUGAUCAAGCGGUGGCUUGACCGGAAGCCAUAG